UUCCGUACACACUAACAAAGCUUUCGUAUACUUGGCCAGUUUUAAGAAAAAUCAACGCGAAGAUGAUGGACUUUAGUCGGGGAAGAAAUGAAACUACAGGCUAUAACAAUACAGGACUUUCCGGCUAAGUGUUUUGUGAUAUUUGAAACGUGAAGAGUUUUGGAAUGGCGGCCAAUGAUCAUGAGAUAGGGACAGUUAUCACUUCUCUAAAGGAAGGCACAACUAUGACCAAAUUUAUCUCUGGUAAGAAACCAGAGACUCGGACCUUCGUGCUGAAGUUAGACGAGUUUCAAAUUGGUCUGUGCAAAAACAAUGGCAAGGAAGAGUCCACUGUGGAUAUUCAAGAAAUAAAAGAGGUUCGCCGUGGCAUCAGUAGCAAGGAUUUUGAUCACAAUCCCGCAUUUUCUAAAAAACUUGAUCCAAACAGCUGUCUUGUGAUUUUCUACGGCAUGGAGUUCAAAUUAAAAACAUUAAGCUGUGCAGCUCAGAACAACAAAGAAAGAGAGUAUUGGGUCAUUGGUUUGAUCUUUUUAAUGUAUGAAAAUCCUUACAUAUCACAACCAAAUCUGAUUUACAGAUGGUUGCUGAAGGAAUGGAGUUUACUGACUUCUUCAAUCAAGAAAGAGAUAACCAUGAAAGAAGUCAAACAAUUCCUUCAAAGAGCCAACAUUAAAAUGAAUAACGCUCGCGUUCGUGAACUCUUCCAGGAUGUUGAUACAAAGAGACUGGGGCACAUCAAUUUUGACGGUUUUCGCUAUUUAUACAAUGUUUUGAUGUAUCAACGAGAGAUUGCUUCGAACUUCUACAGCUUUAGGAAUCAAAGAAAUCAAAUUCACUUAGAACAAUUUCAGCGAUUUCUUUUGGAGGAACAGAAGGAAAAUAUUGCUCAGGAUAUUAGUAAGGUGAAGGAAUACAUGUCGAAAUGUUUGGGCGUUGAAACGAGGGAGCAUCCUUUUUUUAGUAUGAACCAAUUUAUCGAUUAUUUAUUUUCACGAAGCAAUUGUGUAUUGGACGGUACGAGUGUCGAAGUUUACCAAGACAUGACUAAACCAUUGAGUCACUACUGGAUUGCAUCUUCCCACAACACAUAUCUGACUGGUGACCAGUUUUCAAGCGAGUCAUCGGUCGAAGCCUACGUGAGAUGCCUGCGAAUGGGUUGUCGUUGCAUCGAAUUGGAUUGCUGGGAUGGACCGGAUAACCAACCCGUUAUUUAUCACGGAUUCACCCUCACAUCAAAAAUUAAAUUUGUCGAUGUCGUGAAAGCCAUCAAGGAAAAUGCAUUUGUCGCUUCUGACUAUCCUCUAAUUUUAUCCAUUGAAAACCACUGCAGUUUACUGCAACAAAACAUUAUGGCAAAGACUUUCACAGAUAUUUUUGGCGAUAUGUUACUGUGUUUUCCGUUAGAUCCUAAUGAAGAAUGCUUACCAUCGCCCGAACAGUUAAAACAUAAAAUCUUAAUAAAGCACAAGAAAUUACCCACUGAUGCUGACGUAGACGAUAUGGUAAACAUUGAACGUGAUUUCACUUUCAUGGAAGAUGAACUGAGUAAUUCGACGAAGAAUGGUAUUUUAUACCUCGAAGAUGAAAUGGAUAAAGUAUGGAAUAAACAUUUCUUCGUGUUGUAUAAAAACCGUCUAUUUUGGACGGGAGAGACUAAGUCCGAAGACGACGAUGAGCCUGAACAAGACGGACAGUGGGACGGGCCACUCACAUCAGAGUCUUCGAGAGACGAACUACACUACGGUGAACGUUGGUUUCAUCAACGUAUCGGCAGAGAAGCGGCUGCCAAACUAAUGCGUCAAUACAACAAAGGAAACGGAUCUUUUCUGGUUCGCGAGUCUCAAGCUUUUGUUGGAGAUUUUAGCAUCACGUUUUGGCGAAAUGGCGAAGUUCAGCAUUGCCGUAUUAAAAGCAAACAAGAGAACGGUCAGGCGAAGUACUAUCUUGUGGAACCGGUCACUUUCGACAGUCUCUUCAGUUUGGUCAAUUACUAUCAAGUAAAACCGCUCAGAACACCGCAGUUUGAAAUCACAUUAACAGAACCCAUAGCCCAGCCGAAUGCGCAUUUGGAGAAAGAAUGGUUUCACGCCAAUUUACAGCGAGCCGAAGCGGAGAAUAUGUUGAAGAGGGCCCCGAGCGAUGGAUCAUUUCUUGUGAGGAAGAAAACAGACUCUGAAUUUGCUGUUUCUUUCAAAGCUGAAGGUAAAAUCAAACAUUGCAAGAUAUAUCGUGAAGGAAGACUGUACACCAUUGGUACAGCACAGUUCGAGAGUCUAAUAGAGCUCGUUGAAUUCUACGAAAAGCAUCCUCUUUACAGAAAGAUAAAAUUGAAGCAUCCAAUCAACGAAGAGGUUCUACGGCGCAUUGGAAUUAUGCCGGACCAUGAUGCUGUUGAUCCAUCUGAAGUUUACUUAGAUCCACGAUUUAACACUAAGCCCGUAUGUCGUGCCUUGUGGGAUUAUCAAGCCCAGAGCAACGAUGAAAUGAGCUUUUGCAAAGGGGCGUUCAUUACUAAUGUCAUCAAAGAAGAUGGUGGAUGGUGGCGUGGGGAUUUCGGGGAAUACCAGGGGGCAUGGUUUCCCUCCAAUUUUUGCGAGGAAAUCAAUGUGAUGGUGGAACCGGCAAAAGACUUUAGCGAUGACCAGGACGUCAAGAAGGUGUUGGGGGAUCUUCAAAAAGGCUCUAUGGAUAUCAGGGGAUGUAAUAUCGAACAGCUUCCACCUCGUGGUGGCCUCAAAUGUAUAUUCUCGAUUCAAUCAAAUAAUCAACCUCCGCUCGAAGUUGCAGCAGAAACGCCCGAGGAAAUGUCGUCUUGGGUACAUUGUAUAAAGGACGCCAUGAUUUUAGCUGAAGAACGCGAGGAAAGAGUUCGAACUGCGAUCAGGGAAAACAAGAUCGAUAAAGCUCUUUCUGAUUUGGUCGUAUAUCUUCAGACUGUUCCUUUUCAUCUCGAGAAAAAAGGAAAACAUUAUGAAAUGUCGUCGUUUCCCGAAACGAAGGUGGAUAAGUUCACGAAUCAAAAGAAUUCUCAGAAAUUCGUCCAAUAUAAUUUACACCAGUUUAGCCGCGUGUAUCCCAAGGGGACUCGGGUAGACUCUUCAAAUUACGACCCGACGCCCAUGUGGAAUUGUGGGGUGCAAAUGGCUGCGCUAAAUUAUCAGACACCUGAUCGAGCAAUGCAAAUAAAUCAUGGAAAAUUUCUCGACAAUGGAUGCUGUGGCUAUAUUCUCAAACCAGACUGUGCUAGAAUCCCAGAAUUCGAUCCGUUUGAUAAGACGACAAUAUCGAGUGACAUUAAACCUUUAAUUAUCAAGCUCACAUUCAUCGGGGCCCGACACUUGCCGAAGGUUGGCCGAGGUAUAAGUUCACCUUUCGUUGAAGUCGAGUUGAUCGGCGCAAGUUACGAUAACUAUAAAUACAAGACUGGUACAAAAUCCGAUAAUGGCCUCAAUCCUGUCUGGAGUGAUGCCAUCGAAAUGGCCGUCCUCUGUCCCCCCCUGGCGUACAUCAGGUUUGCUGUUUACGAUGAAGAUAUGUUUGGGGAUCCAAACUUUAUUGCCCAAGCUGUUUAUCCACUUUCGAAUCUUAAAAACGGUUAUAGAUCCGUUCCAUUAAAGAAUUCCUUCAGCGAAGAGUAUGAACAAUGCGCGUUGUUGAUUCACUUGGACAUCACUUAUGCUGGGGGAGAGGAAGAGACUCUGUAUACAUCUAUUGCUGACUUACGUGACCGUAUUGCGGAGAUUUCAUCACAGAUGCACGAAGAAGCUGUGGAGAUCACACGUGCUAGUAAUGAUGGUCUUGGUCCACCUGUGGAGGCGGGCAUCCAUAAAAUGCAAACUUUGGACGCUCAACUGAGAGAAAAACAAGAGGAACUGCAAUUACUCAUUCAGAAACGCGGAUCUUCGAACAAUGCUUCAAGACAACACGUACACCAGUCAACGUCAACGGAUGUGUAAUUCUUCCCAACACCGCUCAAUGUAUGGCUUCAUUCCCCGAAAUUUCUGAGAGAAAAUUCUCUUUCACAGCGUAAUCUAGUCGCACUCACUUUUCUUCCUUCUAGCGAUAUGAUAUUUUACAAGAAAUGUGCGGAACGCAUAUUGAUAAUGUAUUAUAAUUUAUCAUCAUUUGUCUUCAACUGGUCAGGGUUUCGAAUUUUCUGCGUUUCAAACGUUUCAACGUCACGUUUUUGUCGCACGGAUAGUGCAAUUUUCAACUGGUAAACCCUCCGUUUGCUCAGGAAUAUUUAAACAUCUUUAUUGACAGGUUUUUGUCAUGUGUUUGACAUGUUUAUUCCAUUGUACUUGGAUAAAAUGCUGUAGAAAUUGAGAAUUACGUGUGCAUGAACUAAGGGAGUUACAAAAAUUGAUCUUCGACUUGAUGUCAUAAGAAAGCAAUCACUCAAACUUAGCAAUGGCACUUGUUUCAAGUUCGAACAAACAUUGCGUUUGUCAGUUGAGAAACGUGCACUUUUGUUUGACAAGCGUGACGUUUGACACGUUGAGAAAGUGCAGUAAUUCGUGCCGCUGACCAGUUGAACGCAAAUGAUAGUGGCUUCGCCUAAUCGUAUUGCCUUUAUAAGACAUAGAGACAAGGAAGUAGAUCCUAAGAUAUUGCAGCAAAUGACUUCGUUUCUAUCUUUCCUGUCUAAACGCUUUUUAUUUUCUUCCUCACAAAAUACAAUGGACGCUGUGACUUCAAUUAUUGCUCGAACAUUCAUGCUGUUCCUCAGUCAUUAAACUGUCUUUGAAACAUA